CUCUCGUUUAGAUAAUACGCCGCUCGUUAACAUCCUGCGCUCUCCGUGCAUCCCUGCCAGCCAUUAAUAAUUCUUCAGCUCCCCCAUCUUCGUGCAGCUCAUCCGGUGAAGGAGGUUGACGAGAGGACGAGAUGAGAGAGGAGAGAAGGAGCUGGGACCAUAACAAACGGAUCAUUAUCAUUCACUGAUGCAGGCCUGCAUCUCACAGUGCUCCCGCCUAUAAUCCUCGGGAUAGUAAAUUGCAAAACGCGUAAUUCUACAGGGAAAAUAGUAAACAUGAGACCAAAUUGAAGACAAAUUGCACAUUUUCCAUGGAUCUAGAUGUAGAGUUGACUGGUGUCUACAUCACCCAGGCAAGACGAUGUAUUGAGGCGAUAUUCAUGCCAAUGUAAAGAUCUCCAUUCACACAUCGACGAGCACCACUAGCCAUUAAUCAUCCUCUCGUAUUGAUCUUCACGACAUCUGCGUCAUCCGCCCGCACAAUCCCAGGAAAAGGAGCGGUAAAUAAUACUCCAAACACACUCCGGCUCAGAUCGUCUGCAUCAACACGCCGCUGAAAUAACGGUGGUUUUUCAAAUACUCUAGAUGGUAGUAGCGGGUGGUUUCUUCAAGAACCACGUGAAGUGAUUUACGAUAACAACGGACAGGAAAAGGAAAAUACGACAUCUUUAUCUCUUGCGUUUUGUGGUUUAUAUAAUUGGCGCCUCGAUUUAUCGAAGGAGGAAUCCCCCUUUUUUCAUUUUGUCGGAUAGCAACCCAUUUCGAGCAGCUGAUACCCUAAUUGUAAGUGUUGCCUUCACCUCCAUUUGCUCACGUCAGCUACAGCCUCGUAAACACCUUGGAUGAAACAUGGCGAUUAUGAUAAUGAGAGCGCAAUUUGUUUGUUGUACAUGGGAUAGAAAGUAAUUUCCUUCCUAAAAUCACUUUCUACGUAAGCUUGUUUUAGAUGAUACAGGAAGCAAUUUCGUACGUAAAACGAUUAUCUAAAGUGUCCUUGUUUUUUCUACCAUAUUCAUCAACAAACUAGACAGAAUCGCGAGCACGAUGAUUAUGUGAUUGAAGUUGGAUUCCCUAGCAAACGUCAUUUCAUCUGAUGAGGAAAUAUGAUGAAAGGGAUGAUAUUUCCUAGCUACAUGACACAAUCUAUGAGCCACAUCAGCAAUUACACGACUAGAAAUACUUGUAUUGACUUGAAGUAGCCCACAUCUUAUCUCUUGCCUGUUACAAAUACCACCUUCUGUUUACGUCACUCACCGAUUUCAUUACUCGCAACAAAAUAUUAUAUGAGAUGUUGAAUUGAUUUGCGCGCAGCCCACGCAGUUCUCGUGUGUGAUUUUUGUUAUUUCAUGCUUUGAGCCUACCAGGUAUAGGUUGUACGGGACAUUGAUAGUUACAGCUUAUUUUUCCGUGCCUUCGCAUCUUGAGUUGUUGAUAUCCAACCAUUGUGUGGGAUUUUUUGCUUGCACCUUUUUAGAAUAAGAGUCUACUUCCAACGGAUUUGAUGUACACAACGUGAGAGACAAUUUGAUUCCUCAACAUGGAAGAUCAAAGUUCAAGUGGCAAUGACAUCCCUGGGACAUCCUAUGGUGAUGGGACCAAUGGAUCACAUGGUCAGAACAAAGCACCAAGACAUGUGCCUUCAACGUCAAAGGAAAGUCCGGUCGUAGCCAGACGGAAAAUCACGCGUCCUCCACGUCUCGAGAGCGUUUCGGAGAGUGAAGUGAGCAGUUCCAAUGUUGAGUCCCCAUCUUCAAGUUCAGAAUUCGGUAUCAGGUCGUACCUUCAUAAUUUCUACGAGCCAGAGCGAGGAAUGCGGAGCAAAGAUGAUCUCUUCCUUGGUGCAGAUCAUCAAUCGUCCAUGAAGAACAAUCGCCAUGACUCGUGCUCCACGCAUUGUUGGAGAAGACGGUGCUCCUGUGCUGCGCAUUGGUGGAAAGCAGGAGUCUUUGUCGGUGUUAACAUUCUAAUCCUUGCGGUGCUAGCCCUACUGAUAGGGUACUUGGUAGAACCUAAGCAGGAGAUCGUGGACUAUCGGGCGGACGUCGCCGUGGUGGACCAGGACAACGCCGCGUUUAAUCGCAAACUCGACGCAGCGAAACUUGCUGGGCUAAUCAUGCUAUGUGUUGGAGGAUUUAUUGUCGCUGUCUCCCUAUUGGUCCCUAGCGUGUUGACCUCAUCGUCCGAAGGCACUGGUCAUCCAGGCGGGGUCAACGUCGAUCCCGAUGACCAUUUCCCACCGUACAUGCCCUUGAAGACUACAGAAGACCCUAUGGCCGAGGACGGGAUACCGUAUACCUCUGAACUGUCCAAUGUGCAACCUGAAAGGUCAGGGGCGGAAUCUAUAGUGGCCGGGAAAGGAAUGAUUAAGGUCCAGGCCAGUUGAAACGUUGUGGUACUAUGGAAGGUCUAAAGUUUGUUGAAUUUAAUUAGUAAUCUAUCAUUGAUGAGGUGCUUUUAGUAGGAGACGAAAAUGAAAAGGGAUGACGUUUUGCCAUCAUGUCGGUUUUUUUCAAAGAAAUCCUUAUAUUUUCGAUUUGAUUCCACUUCAUUGGGAUAUGAGAAUCACAUCAUUCCAGCAAAACGACUGGAAAUUUGAUAAAAUCGUUUUUCAUACAGUAUUAUUUUCAAAACCACGAUGUAUUAUUAAUCAUGUUUGUAAAGCCUCUUGAAAUGUUACAUGCAGUUGUCUUGUAAGAAUGCUAAAGGUAAAUUCGAAGCAAGAUACAAUUUUUUUCUUGCAGAAACCAAUUAGGUUUCGUGUGGCAUUAUGCAAAUUUCGCCAUGUCCAUGUGUACUGUCUUUGUCACGAUUGGUGUUGUGCAGACGGGAAAAUGGUUUUGUUCUUGCAGAAACCAAUUAGGUUUCAUGUGGCAUUAUGCAAAUGUCACCACAAUGUCCACACUUGAUUACCUGUAUUGUCUUUGUCACGAUUGGUGUUGUGCAGACGGGACAUUGGUUUGUGAGCUGUUCUAACGCCAGUUAUCAUGGCAUAUGUACGAUGUUUCACACUUUGUGUGAUAAAGAGUCAUAUUUUCUACACACUCUGAAUUACGAAAAGAAAUAUGUGUUAUCAAAGAGACACAUACAUUUAGAAGAGUAAAGCCUCGUUCAGAUAUGACGCGGCAGAUCGCGGCGGUUGUGUUAUUUUAAUGAUGACGUAAUGUGUGAUGCGCUUCACAUUUCUGAAUCUUAUAACGCAGAGCUCAAUGAAUACGCACAACUCCUUUGUUGCGCGCAUUUGUCAUUAUGUUUACACAUUUUAACAAACUUCGGCGGUCAUUUUUGUGUGUUUUUUUUUGCAGCGGUUUAUCGCGCCAUAUUUGAAGAGGCCUACUACGACUGAAUGUUGUGGCGGAUUUGUAGAGGCGUAUGUCCUCGAUUAGAAUGUGUUUUUUUUUACACACUUGUAUCGGUUGAUUUAUUGAUUGUCAAAGUUGAGAAACAGCUGAAUAAGCUUAGUUAUUGGACACGGAUGUAUAAGAGCCAUUAAAGGAUGAAUGUGAUUAAAUGUGAUUUAUUUCAU